CCUGACAGUGUAUGGCAAGGCACGGUUCUAUGCCUUUCCAAUCCGGGAAGAUAGAUUUUUAUUUAAAAGACGGGUGUCUAGUGAAAAUAUUUAGGCUUACAUUACUUCAUCACACUAGGUCCAUUACUUAAAAUAUCAUGGCGGAGGCUUCACACUCACAUCAGAUGGUUGGGCUAUCACUACUCGAAACCCAAGAUGACAACCAGUUUCAAUGGAAAGUUCAGUUUACAACAGCAGCAACGAGUUCAACAUGCAUGAAGUUUCUAUAUAUUCUGACUUUCAGUUUCCUCAUCACCUUCUUUGAACAUCCAUGUCACGAACGCUGGAGAAAUGGCAAAGAUAUGAAGUGGUCACACUGCCUGCUGCCAAGUGGAUCUGGUGCGCGGUCACAAAACAUGGACACCGUGAAUCCUAGGUCUGACACUGAAUGGUUCCUGAGGUUACUCGAGUUGAGUCUUUCGAACGACGUGGGUCAAAACCCAACAGGAGGGAGAAAGGAUCGAUCAGGACCCUACUGAAACUCCUUCUUCGAGCUUACCGAACGUUC